AUGCCUUCCGAUAUCAUUUGGCCUGAGAAGUACCUUCCAGGUACAACAGAUAAUUAUGUAUCCAAUGAGGUCAUCGUAAAGGGCCUUACCGCCGCGCAAGUCUGGCCCUUCCUUGUCGACAUUAAUCAAUGGGAAUCAUAUUAUGACAAUUGCUCCCGGAUAACACCACCAUCAUCUGGGUCUAUUCUUAAACAGGGGGAUAACUUCAAAUUUUCUACUUUCGGUUUCGAGCCUCUCCCAGCUCAGGUUGUUGAGUCUGUAGCUCCGACUGAAAACUCGCCCGGUCGUAUCGCCUGGCGGGCUUGGCAAGAUGGAGAUGAAAAUACAUCGCUGGAUGUUUACCAUGCUUGGAUAGUGGAGGAUCUUGAAUGGGGUGUGGUGCGUAUUUUGACGCAAGAGUCUCAGAUUGGCAAGCCAGCGGUCGAAUUAGCUAACCAGAAACCAAACCCCAUGCUGCUGGGACAUCAAAAUUGGCUGGAUAGUUUAGUUGAAUAUACGAGGACGAAUAAGAAAUAA